UGCAGCAACUGUAAACAUCCCUCUUGGUUCCAAUCUCUUGGUUCGCCUUAGUUUUGUUCGUCUGCUGCUUUACCCAUGACACCAUUCACCACCACCUAUGGAAUGAGAAAGAAAAUUAAAAGGUAAAAUGCCACUGGCGCCAACGACAUCCCGAGUUGAUAAAUACGAUCUACCUGCCGCCGACACGCCUCCGUGUUGGCGGGUCGUCGUCGCUACUAUCUUCUCACCGUACUGAAUGAAAUCUUUUUUGGCUUCGCGUUCUUGAUACCUAAACGCUACCCACUCCAACAAUCCCCCGAUUAGCCUGCUUGGGACACAAAUGCCUCCCCAACCGACAAAAUGGCACUUCGAAAUCGACCAGUACCUUAAUCCAUGGAUACCAGCUGCGCCAUGGAAACGUCUUCCGUAUCCCGUCGCCCAUUUCUUGGGCUAUCGGCCAGAGCAUCAGCGACCGCUAGGAAACAUCGCAAUGGUUUUUUGGGCAUUUAUUGGAGUUUUCUGUUCCCUAACCAUGAUCGAAGCGGUGGGCCAUGCAAUCCCCUCUUUUGAGGAGCACGGUGCUCCUAUCAUUAUCGGCAGUUUUGGCGCCGCUGCGGUUCUCGAAUUCUACGCCAUCGAGUCUCCUCUCUCGCAGCCUCGCAAUGUUGUCCUCGGCCAGUUCUUUUCAUCCUUGAUAGGUAUUGCCAUCAGGAAACUUUUUGCGCUAAGACCUAUGUCACAUGAGGUUACUUGGGUCGCCGGCUCGCUGAGCUGCUCUUGUGCGGUCGCAUUUAUGGCUCUAACUGGCACUGUGCAUCCGCCUGCGGGAGCCACGGCUCUACUCGCUGUAGUUGAUGAAGAGGUAGCGCAUCUAGGCUGGUUCUUGCUGCCCGUUGUCCUGCUUGGCUGCGCGUUGAUGCAGUGUGUGGCUUUACUUUUGAAUAAUAUCCAGAGGCGGUUCCCAGUUUAUUGGUGGACCCCAGCGGAGGUUGGCCGCAGGAAGAAGCAACAACAACAACAACAACAGCACCAAAUACCGGAUGGGAAGAGCAGCAACAGCGAUAGCGGCAGUGAUAAUGGAACUAAACUUGGGAUUACUACAACACGACAUAUGGAAGAAGGGAGAAUUGCUAUAGAGCCGUCAAAGGUGAUUAUAACAAGAGGGCAUGUGGCUAUUCCGGACGGUAUGUAUUUAUCGCCCGAAGAGAAGAUGUUUUUAGAGGAACUGAGCGAAAGAUUAUAAAUUAUGAAUUAAGAUAAGCUAUUCUAUUCUACUUUACAAGAUGAAUAACCACGUGUACUCUGUGGUAGGCACUAUGCCCACCCUACCUAGGUGGA